AUGACAUCUACGUCGGAUGCGUCGCCCAUCGGACUCGAGGAUAUUAAGAAAAAAUUGUUCCACGCUGCCAUGAAAGCUGAUUGGGAUGGAGUCAUAGAAAUGUACGAGAACCAUCCCGAGACUCACACGGCCAAAAUAACAAGAUCAGGGGAUACAGCAUUGCAUAUUGCCAUCUCAGACGGGCAAGAGCGCGCAGUCGAACGACUGAUACAAUUGAUGGUUGCAAGGUCGGAGAUAAAAGUAAUGGAGGCCCUUAUGGCAGAGAAUGAGCGAGGGAACACACCUCUCCAUUUAGCAGCAUCACUGGGAAACGUUCGGAUGUGCCAUUUCAUUGCUAGCAGAGAGACCAAACUCAUGGGCCGUCGAAACCAUGAUAGCGAGACUCCAUUCUUCUUAGCUGCUCUUCACGGCAGGAAAGAUGCUUUCCUCUGUCUGCAUUCCCUUUGCGGAAGCGAUCAAGGCUAUUCCUUCUGCAGAAGGAAUGAUGGCGAGACCAUUCUUCACUGUGCCAUAGCAGGAGAGUAUUUUGAGUUGGCCUUCCAGAUAAUUCAUCUAUAUGAGGAUCUUGUUAGCUGCGUCAACGAACAAGGCUUAUCUCCACUCCACCUUCUAGCCACUAAGCCUUCAGCCUUCAAAACUGGAAGCCGUAUCAGAGGAUAUUACAAAAUUAUUUAUCAUUUCAUAAUCAUCGAUAAGCUGGAGCCUCGGACUCAUUAUCGUCAACCACUGUUUCGAGAGCUCAAAUACAGCGAGAAUGCCAAAUAUCCAGAAAAUUAUCAAAGCUGUGCCAACUUUGGCUGGCUAAUUGGGAGAGCUUUUCGGUUACUUGUACUAGGUAGGGGAAAGAAUGAUGGCGGCCAACAAGCAGAUGCUGAGGACCCCGAUGGGAAGCACAGCGAACAAAAAGCAUUGCAUCAAAGGCAAAGAGCUGAAGGGCGUCCUGCUUUUCCGGCCAUUUAUGUUACUUGCUUUGAUGCAAUUAAGUUCAUGUCCAAGGCAAUGCUAAUUAUCUUCGGCUUAGGUUCAAUGGAGAUAGUUAAGCUGCAGAAUAGAAAACAGAAGCACGUAUGGUCGGUCCAGGUCUUAGAUGAACUUCUUAAGCGCACUUCUAGACAUGAAUAUGAAGAUAAUGGACAGAAUCCACCAGAUGCACCAUUACUCAAAGACGACGGAACAAAGCCUUAUUCAUUAAUGGAUGGGGGUGGCGUUGCCUUCUCUGCUUCGCUAAUUCCGCCGCCACCCGCAGAAGGAGGGAAUGGGCAAGACACUGAAACGGGGAAGAGGGAGACACCUAUACUGAUUGCUGCAAAGAAUGGUGUGGUUGAGAUGGUGUACAAAAUUCUUCAACUUUUUCCUGUGGCACUUCACGACAUGAAUUCCGAUAAGAAGAAUGUAGUUCUGUUAGCGGUUGAGAACAGACAGCCCUAUGUUUACCGGCUUUUACUCGACAUGAAAAUAAUGAGAGACUCCAUAUUCCGAAAAGUUGACAAGGAUGGCAAUAGUGCAUUACAUCUUGCAGCAAGGCUAGGAGAAUAUCGACCUUGGCUCAUCCCAGGUGCUGCGUUGCAAAUGCAAUGGGAGAUCAAGUGGUACGAGUAUGUCAAGAAGUCCAUGCCUCAGCACUUCUUUGCACGCGUUAACAAGGAAGGAAGGAUCCCCAAGGACGUGUUCACUGAAACUCACCAGGAGCUCGUGAAGAGCGGGGGACAGUGGCUGACCAACACCUCCCAAUCAUGCUCCGUCGUGGCAGCACUCAUAGCCACGGUUGCCUUUGCAACAUCAACCACCGUUCCAGGCGGUGUCAAGCAAGACAUCGGUACGCCAACGCUGGAGAACGAGCCGGCAUUUGACUGCUUCGCCAUUUCAUCCCUCGUUGCACUUUGCUUUUCGGUCACCUCCUUAGUCAUGUUUCUAGCCAUUCUCACGUCCAGGUACCAAGAACAAGAUUUUGCCACCAGCUUGCCCAGUAAGCUUCUGUUGGGCUUAACUUCGCUGUUUGUAUCCAUAGCUUCCAUUCUCAUCUCAUUCUGCUCCGGCCACUUUUUUGUGCUCAAAGAUAAGCUCAAGUUCGCGGCCUUCCCCGUUUAUGCAGUGACGUGCUUGCCCGUCACCUUGUUUGCUAUAGCCCAAUUCCCUUUGUACUUUGACCUUAUUUGGGCUACCAUUCAUAAAGUUCCCCAGCGUAGCUACAAAGCCAUUCCUUUGUGACACAGAUUGAUGUAUCUUCAACCCAAGCAUCUUUAUGUUUAGUCCGCCAGUUCCACUCUUUCCCUUGUUUGGA